UAGGUGUUUUCGAGGCAUCUCGGGUUUUCUUACUUUGACAAUGGAAGACGCUAAACGAGUGUGUUUUACAAGUUCUGACGAUGAAAGUUUCAGUUCUCUUAAUGUAGAGGUUUCAAAUACCUCCAUCCGUGAAGUUUCACUUGCUGAAUUGGAUACUUCUGAAAAAAUAGAUACUGCAGAUUUGGAAUGUUCUUCUGCAGAAGUCGCAACAGAUGAAACAUCGAGUCGUUCGUUGGAAAAUGUAUCUAACGUUGAUGGGGUACUUGCAGAAAGAGAAAACGUUGGUAAAUUGUCUUCUGAUGGCGAAUUUUGUUCGGAAGAGAAACCCGCAGGAAAUGAAUCGUCAAGUUCUUCGCCUGAAGUUGUAUCUGAUGAAGAAUCAUUUUUAGAAAAAAAUGUUAAAUCGACAUCUGUAGAAAGUACCGUAAGUGAAGCUUCAGAUGUUUCGACUGAAAUUCCAUCUGACGUUGAAAGACCGACUUCAGGAAGCUCUAGUGUUGAAUCGCCCGAUCUCAUUCAUAAGAGUAGAGAAAGUUUUGAACAUCUAGAUUACGAAGCAGAGAUAACAGAAGAUUUAAUUUCAUCGUUGCUGAAGCGUUUCAAGGAUAAUCAAUAUGUUGCUUCUUCUCAACAUGCGGAGGACUGGGAUAUAGUUUCGAACUGCAUAGAUCUCUUUCGGAAAAGCUACUUCUGCAGAUUGGUUUCUAACGUUGGAGGAACGUUAUGUGAUAACUACCCAAGUGUAAUCAUCGUACCAGUGAAGGAGAAAAACGCUAACGAGGAAGAAUAUCCUGUCAACCAUACAUCCCCCGCUUCGAGGUUCGACGAUAAUGAAUAUUUCGAGUGGCUUGGCAAAUGCCGGUACAGUCGAGUAAGGAGGCGAUUUCCUGUUCCGGUCAUCUUGAUCGACGGAAAAUUCUUUUGCCGAUCUGCUACACUCAGCAACCAACUUUCUAUUGUUUCGGAGAAUAUAAAACAACAACCAGAUCCAAAAGCUGAAGUGAUUCAUGAAGAUAACUUCUCCAUGGCUAUGGACGCAAUCGUGAGCGUCGGAACUCAGGCCGCGCAGGUAGCAUCAAAUAUUGCUGAAUCCACGAGCACGCUCUUGUUUUCGCAGAGUUUAGAGGACAUGCACUAUCACGAUAGAGAACUCCUGCACUAUUUGGGUAUUGACUUUAUUUUUGACCUCAUGGUAGAAAUGGAAAAACUAUGCAUCAUCAAGGUCACUUCUUCCGAAAAAGUAAACAGGGGAUUUUACCAAGACUUCAAUAUAACUCAAAUUCCAUACCCGGGUUGCGAAUUCUUCGAAGAAUAUCAUCGAAACGGCAGAAACCCUGAAGGUUUGAGAUUUGAUUGGGAAGCGCCUACCGUAACUGUAGAAUGUAAAGUACCUAAAAACUUCAUUAUGUAUUUUCCGGAUACGGACUAUAGCCAGUAUAAGGACUGGGAUCUCGUUAAGUUAACCGAAGAAUACCUCUUGAUUCAGCUGGUAGUCAUUACAUCAGGUAACCAUAGCGCCCUAGUUCAUUGCAUCUCAGGUUGGGAUCGUACACCCAUGUUCGCAUCUCUUCUCCGGUUGUCUCUUUGGGCCGACCACUGGAUCCAUGACGAACUAACUCCCUUACAGAUGGCGUACCUAACCCUUGGGUACGACUGGUACCUUUUCGGGCAUAAUUUGCCAGAACGCCUUUAUAAGAAUGAAGAGGUCAUGCAUUUCUGUUUCAAGUUCCUUGGUUAUAUUGCUUCAGAUAACUUUUCGAUGACAAAGCACUGGAGCGAGCGACCUGAAGAUUUGAAAUUAAACCUAAAAUUUCCAGAAUUCUUUGCUGGUGACCGAAGGAAGAGACUGGAAGAAGUGCAAGAUAUCGUGCUGCGUUUGUACCAUGACAACAUUAUUACGACUGACGUUCUUUCUACAGAUGCACCACAGGCUGUGACGACUGACGUUCUUUCUACUGAUGCUCCACAGGUUGUGACGACUGACGUUCUUUCUACUGAUGCUCCACAAAUUUAAAGAUUCACGACAUCAUAUUAUAUAUGACGUAGAAUGUAGAAUUCAGAAGAUGAAUGUAUUUUAGAUAUUUAAUUUUAUAUUUUAACUGGUUUUAUACUGAAAAUGUAAAUUUUAAAUCUUUCCUUUUCCACAAGCUAAUUCAUACUAAAUAUUAGUGAAGCGUUUUAAUGUUUUGUAAUAAAUUGGCAACAAUAAAAGAUCAUUUCUU